AUGGUCGUGACUGCAAGGGAGCCUUCUGAUAGCAGUCUGCCGUCCCUCUGGCAUAGCGCCUGCGUGGAUUAUGACAGGGAAACCGGAGUUUCAUUGAUGGAGAAGCGUUUCCCCAAAGUACAGGGGCCUGAGGACUUGUCUCACCAGCUAGAAUCUGAAAGAGACCACUUUGAAGAUUUUCGAAUGAAAAAGCGACCCCUUUUACAUGCAAUGCAAAUGGUUAUGGCGCCCUUCGAAAGCUGGGGUGAUCUGAUCGCUGGUGCUGUCGCUGCAGCUUUCCCUCCAGCAUCAUCGAUCAUGGGCGCGAUGCUCCUUCUGGUCCGGGCGGCGCGCAGAGUUAGUGACGCAUUUAACGGCAUCCUCGAUCUAUUUCAUAAGCUGGGAAACUUCGCUCUGCGUCUGGACUCAUACAAGGGGAUCACCCUUAGUGAGGGGAUGAAAACAAUUAUCGUGAAAGUCCUGGUUAAUUCCCUGAGAGUUUGCGCAGCGUCACAAAAGCUCUUGAGCCAAGGUUCACUCAAGGCGAGACUUUCAAAGUGGGCAAAGAAUAUAUUGGUUGAGGAUACGUCAAUUAGCUCUUUGCUAGGUGAGCUAGAGGAGCUGACAAGCCAGGAGCAUAUGAUGGUUUCUGCCCAUGGGCUGAAUCUCACCCACCAAGCCCUGAGAAAUACUGAGGAAUUGCUCAAUAGAGAUGAUCAUAGAAAGGAUCGUGAGAGGCUGGAAAGGGUCAAAGCAUCAUUAGACCCAGUUUCUGCAUCUGGCCAGGUCUUCUCGUCCAUCACCCAGAAUCGCAUACCGGGAUCCGGCAGCUGGGUCGAAGAUAGGCUUCGGUCCUGGUGGCAAGGAUCUCAACCGCUCCUCUGGCUUCAUGGCGGCCCUGGAGUAGGCAAAUCUCAUCUGGCAUCCAAAAUCAUAACCGAACUUUCAAACGAGCCAUCCGCAACCCCGGCACCUGUGGUUGCCUCUUUCUUUUACAAGAACAGCGAUGUCGAUUUACGAUCCCUCAACAAAGCCCUGCGAACCAUAGCAUGGCAGCUGGCCACGCAACAAUCCAGCUUUGCGGUGCACGCCGAGGAGUUCUGCAUGAAAGAAGACCCAGGGAACAACUACGUCCUUUGGGAGAAACUCUUCCUAAACUAUUUUACUUACGUUCCAUCGGCCACCACAGCAUGUUUGGUGAUUGACGGUAUUGAUGAGGCUGAAACAGAGGAACAAGAAGUCCUUUUCAGUCUGCUGGAGAAAGGCUUCUUAGCGGAAGACGAUAUCACCCGAACCUUCCCUUUACGAAUUGUGCUUCUUAGUAGGGACUCGGUGCGCUCCAUGCUCGACGAGCAUUCAUUGAACUGGAUCCCGGAGAUUGAAGUCGGUAAUCACGAGAAUAAGGACGAUCUCCACGAAUACGUUUCGCAGAAACUACAGAAGACCAAGUUGUUUCGUGGGCACCCCGAUUUACUCGAAGAAACUAUCACCGAAAUCAGCCAGGAAGCCGAGGGCAUGUGGGAAUGGGCCAAUCUCGUCAUCAAAUCUGUUUUGCGCUGUCGAACUAAAGAGCAGAUCCGAAAAGUGGUUAGGACAAUGCCCCGAGGGAUCAGCGCGAUGCUUCGCGAAGAACUGCAGCGGCUGAGUAAAGAACUGUCCGAGUGGGAAGAAUUUUCUGAUGAUGAGAUAUCAGAGAGAGAAGAGCCUGCAUCACAGAUUGCGCAGUUGAACAUCUUGCUCUCCUUUGUGGCUUUGGCUCAAAAGCCACUGACCGUGCAGCAGCUUGAAAUUAUUCUCGAGCUCACCCUGAAGGAGGAGUUCAUGAAUCUUCAAGAUGAUAUCCGUACGAUUUACUCCUCUCUGUUUUAUAUCAGAGCCAACGAUGAUGAAGACGACCCUGACGAGGAAGGUGGCGUUGUAACACUUCGGCAUAGCUCCUUUUAUGAAUUUUUCCGGACGUCUGCAGAAUCCGGACUAAUCCAUGUCAACGUCGAUCAAGUGGAAGUGAACUUCCUAUAUGUUUUUCUCUAUGCCAUCAACGAGUGGUACACGCCUUGUUCCGACAAAUUCAUGGGAGUCCUCUGGGGAUAUGCUAAGAAUUUCCUGCCAUCACAUCUCACCCGUGCGAAUCCCGAAAAGGCGGGAAAUAUACGAGGAGAUAUUUCCAUCUUGCUUGCGAGUCUGUUCGGCUUCAGCAAUAAAAGAGACAAGGAGUGGUUUCUUAAUGAACUGGUUGUUAGGGGGAUUACCGCAUACUCACCCUACCUAACGUGUGAGCCAUCAGAGCUCGGCUCAUACUGGCUGGAUGCUCAAGAUCAAGAUACUGCAAAUGAGAGAGCCGAUGUUGUACUCCGUUGGCUUCUUCCAGGUCAAAAACAGAGCUUUGUGGAUCACGCCCGAGCAUCAGCGGUGGCAAGUGAUGCAUGUCCCUUCACAGUUCUCCUGUCACAUCUAGUAACGCGCUGGAGCAAACUCUGGCUAGAACCAGAGGAAAUCAAGCAUGAUGAUGGAUUGCCUGACAUCGCCCCUGCCAUUUUGACAGUAUAUGAUGCGAUGAAAAGAGGGAUAAAGGACUCUGGUGCGGACGGUCUAAUAUCAAAGGUAUCAGCCGUAUUGUGGGAUCACAGAGAGCCUUCUAGCGUCUUGAUUCCUGCACAGUCACAAAAUCUUCAGCAGACGCCUAUGUGGCAUGCACGAGUCGCCCAGUCGCUCAUGAAACAUUGCUACGCGCAAGCUCUUGAGCAUUUUCAAAUUUCGCUCGACGGAAACCAUAGCACCCCGACAUUCAGUGACCAGUCUUUGUUCGUCAUUCACAGAGACAUGGCUCGUGCAUGCACCGAGGUUGCGAUGCACGAAGAGGCAUUGAAGCAUCUUGAAUUAUCAGAGUCCCUAUGGAGCACCUUCGCGGGUAAUGGGGAUGCCGGCGACUAUGAUGCUGUCAGACGCUUGCUAAACAAGGCACAAAUAAAACAUCAAGCCAAAUUGACAGAUGAUGCAAUUGCAACCACAGAGGAAGCUUGGAAUCUGUUGCUGGAAGAUAGAAGCGAGAACCGCGAGAAUGAAUUUUUGCCCUUCUUCCAGAUCUUCCUGGAAUUGGACCAACCGCACCGUUUGCGGUCCGUGUUUGACCUUGCUUUCACUCAUUUCGAGGACACAGCCGGCAGUAGAAGCACAUCUAUGGAUUUUGAGCGCUUCAUCCUCGACUGCUGCGUUAUGCGACACUUCAUGAUGUAUAGGGUCAUUCACUAUGCCUUAACCCGCUCGGAUCAAAAUUAUCUUGAUGUUAUCGCCGGAGUCCUAAAGAAAGUCGAUACUGAAUCUGAAUACCCCGUGGAAAUAAAAUACCUCAUCGCGACAGUCUUAUUUGAAAAGGGGCAAAGAGAUGCAGCGGUACAGGGUUGGUAUGAGGUUGUCUCUCUCUCAGUCUCCUCCGAAAGCUGGGACAAGGGUCCUCGCAUGCGGGCAAUGAGCAAACUAGUUGCCUUGUGUCUUGACGAUGCCGAUAUCCCUUUCUGUGAACGGCCAUUGAUUCUAAAGGAAGACAUCGAACUCGACGAUAUUUGUCUAGUCCUGUCGAGUUGGCUCCGGGAUCGUGGGGAUAUCGCAAACGCUAGAGAUGCUCUCCGGUGGUGUGUCAAAGAGUGUAUCUCGUUGCUAUCAGACGAUGAUCCUUCAAAUGACAUAGAUGCCUAUAUGAGACUUUUCAGGGUAUUCCUUGCCGUUACAGAUAGCGAUGAAGAUCUUGGGGCAGCCUUAUACUUGAUCAAGCAAGAACCAGCACUCCAAAAUGUACAAUUGACCGAUGGCGAGGAUCAAUGUCUGGAUGCUAGCAUUGAUGAUGAUGAUGGUAUAGACGAUACCUUAUAUCCUGACAUCGUAUAUGACCGUUGCACCGACUGUUCGGGCUGCAAGCGGGAAAUCGGGACCAUGCAAUACUGGUAUUUCUGCCGCUCCUGCGCGUUCUCGACAGUUUGUCGACGAUGUUACCGCCAGUGUGAGUCGGGCGAUCUAUCCAACAUCCCGGGUAUCUGUGAUCCUCAGCAUGAAUUCUUUUAUACCGGCCCGCCUCUUCCGCUUUCUGGACGCGUGCCUAAAGGCAUGGUGCCCUUGAUUUCUCCUUAUGGCGAGGUACAGAUUAUUUGGAUAGAAGAAUGGAAGGACAGACUUGCAGAGGAAUGGGAGACCGCGGAUUUUGCGCUUACGGGUGGGCUGUCAGCUUGGUGCAUGCGUGUUCUUCCAGAACCGCAGAGGACUCGGUGGGCUACAUUGUUUCAGACAUGA